AUGCGGGGAGCAGUUGUCCUCUCUGAGAGAUUGACGGGAGGAGGAGGAGGGCCUCCAGCAGCAGCGAAGCCAAAAUCCAAACCCAAAGAAAUGGGCAUCGCUGCGGGUGGAAACAUCGAGCAACGGAUCGUGUGUGAUGACUGGCCCGCAGAAACGUGGCACAAGACCGCCACCGUUGCCUUCAAUGUCCAGAUCCUGAACACCAGCGCCUUUGAGAGUGUCACGGGUCUCCCACCCCCAGAAACGCCAAUCAACAUGGAAACCUACGCCGAGCUGGGCCUCCCGUUCUUCAAGCUGUACGAGGAGGAUCUGGGGGAUGUUGUUGUCCACGGGCCACUCGACAAGGUCAAGUCGAUUGGGGAGAUGGAUGGCGUCGAGGACCCCAGCUUCGCCGUCCCGAUCAAGCCGCUCAACGACGACCCAGCGCGUGCGCGCGGCGAAUCCAAGCCCAAGUCUCAGCAAGCCGACGCUGACGGCGUCAAGGCCGGCGACGACAUCUCCAAUCCAGCAGGUCCGUUGAGCGACUUUCGUCCCCGCGCCGAACUAUUGCAAGAGUGCUGGGCGAGCCAGGGUUAUUAUGCACAUUAA